AUGGGUAAUUCUGACAGCAAAACGCGUACAGUUGUAAUCGAGAAUGCUGCGCCCAUUAUGAUAUCCGAAGCGCUGCGUGCGAGAAUGAGUGCCGGGUCUGCUGUGAAUGAGCACAAGUCUGACGCCGAACACAGCCCCGAUGAUGUGCGGGUUGUGCCGACGCAAGCUGAAGAUCGUCACUCUGGCUUUUACGACCCGAUUGACCGGAUGUCUUUAGGAGAAGAAACUGCCCUAGCCUUGUUGCGAAUGCGAGAAGAACGGGACAGAGAACUUGCCCGUAUGCAGAACGACUACGCCCAGAAGAUCCGCAAGGCGGAAGACGACUUUGCAUCCAUUAGUAAUAUCAAAGAAGAGGAAUAUACGAAAGCUCUGAAGGAAACUGUAGAAAUGUUUGACAAGCCGCGAAUGCUUGCUUGUCCCGACAUGGAGAAAUCUGUGCUUGACUGCUAUAAGGCUAAUCCCACGGAAACCUUGAUUUGCAGUAAAAUCGUCGCCGAAUUUCACGAUUGCGUCGCGACGAGAAGAGUGCGUGAUGCCUUAGAGCACAAGAAUUCUCCUGCUCGUUCUGGGAGACUUUGUGAAAUGGAAAAAUUACCAGCAAGCACGCCACGGACGGUUUCCGUCGAAACGACAAUGGGAACUUUUACUGUUGAAUUGUAUUGGAAACAUGCACCUCUAACGUGCAAGAAUUUUUCCGAAUUGGCCAGAAGAGGUUACUAUGAUGGCGUUAAAUUUCAUCGGAUCAUCAGGGAUUUCAUGAUUCAAGGAGGGGAUCCGACGGGAACUGGACGUGGUGGAGCGUCUAUUUUCGGGAAAAACUUCCAGGAUGAGAUUCAUCCCGAUUUGUUCCACAGUGGUGCCGGUAUUUUAUCUAUGGCAAAUAGCGGGCCAAACACAAAUGGAUCCCAGUUCUUUAUAACCUUGGCUCCGACCCAGUGGCUGGAUAAGAAACAUACAAUUUUCGGACGGAUCUCUUCAGGAUUACAAGUAGUGCGACGCAUUGGGCUAGUAGAAACAGACGGUGAUGAUCGGCCGAUCGACGACGUCAAAAUUGUCUCUGCUACAUGCGUUUCUUGACAUUUUUCUCAUGUACCUUUUUUAUGCUUUUCGAGCCAAAUCAAUGCGUGGAAGUUUGCGGCAUUUUUUACUGUGCUGAAAUUCAAUUUUUCGGGUAAGAUAUUUUAAUGAUAUCUCUAUUCCCAGUUCCAGGGUUCAAUAUGGCAUUUAUUACUCGUGGCAUUUGGUUUUUCAAAGGAUUAAAGGAGUACACCAAAUCUGGCUUCGAAAAGGCGAGGGCGACUUUCCGUCCAGAGGACUUGGAUGACGCGGACAUGAACGGUCACACAGUCAUGAUCACUGGGGCCAACAGUGGAAUUGGGAAAUGUGUCGCGACUGCUUUGGCGAAAUUGGGUGCAGAAGUCCACCUGAUUUGCAGGAAUCCCAGCAGUGCUGAAGAAGCCAAGAAGGAGAUCUCUGCUGCUACUGGCAAUCCUAAUGUUCACAUCCACACUCUGGACAUGUCGUUGCCUCGAGACGUGACGCGAUUCGCUCAAUGGUUUGUGCGCGAAGGCAAAUCCCUGGACGUACUCGUCAACAAUGCCGGAUGCAUGGUUCACACCCGGCAGACGGAUGCCGACGGACUAGAGCUCAAUUUUGCCACGAACACAUUGGGCACGCAUUUGCUCACAAUGGGACUUCUGCCUGCACUCAAGAAAGCCACGAACGGGAAGGCGAGAGUUGUUGUAGUGUCAUCUGGUGGCAUGUUGACGCAGCGGCUGGACGUGAACGACUUGCAGACGGAGAAGAAGGCGUAUGAUGGUACUGCUGUCUACGCGCAGAACAAACGGCAACAGGUCAUUAUGGUGGAGCUGUAUGCCAAAAAGUAUCCCGAGGUGUUUUUUGCGUCCAUGCAUCCUGGUUGGGCUGACACCCCUGCCGUCAGAUCAGCGAUGCCUGGAUUCUAUGAGAGGAUGAAGGACAGACUGAGGACUGCGGAACAGGGUGCAGACACUGUGGUGUGGCUAUCUGCAGCGAAAUCGGCCGUGGAUCAACCUUCAGGAAGCUUUUUUCAAGAUCGGCAACCGGUUGCUACACAUCUCCCGAUGUCUAGAACUAGGGUAACUCCGGCAGACGAAGAAAAGUUGAUGACAAUCUUGGACGAAUACUACAUGAAGUUCAAAGAGUGAAAUUCCCCCGGAGCGCAUCCCGAGUGCCUUGAUAAGGGCAUGAAACGAUCGCUCCUACCUGAGGCCGAAUCGUGAAUAUUCUGAAUCGGUAUUCUUUUCUUUCACGGAAGUAAGCAAAAGCUUGCUUAUUGGGAUUUAUUUUAUUUUAUUUAUUUUUGAUCACCGAGGGUUGCUUACGUUUGACGGGUUUGAAAAACUGCUUCACGUGAUGAUGGACGGAAUUUUUUUUUCAAGCGUUUGGUUGUGUGUGCAAAGCUCAAAAGAUACAUUCUUCAGCUCGUUUGUGGUGGGUUUCAUGGUUUGGAAAAAUGCUUUUGACCAAUUUUCAAUCCUUAUUUUUUAAAACUUCUAAUGCUUGUAAUCAUAACUUGACCAUAUUUACAUAAUGAUGGAAGAGAUCAGAAGCAAAAAUGAUUCUCUCCUCUGUAACAGGUGAUUGAUUUGAGCUCAUGAAAUGCGAUCAGUUCUAUCAUGGAUGGAAAAUUAUUUACGAAUAAAAGAUAAAUUGGAAAUUGACCAAAAGUUGAACUGUGUUACGAAUAUAUUUUCAAUUGUUUUUGGAGUCCCCGAAAUUUUCGAAGAUUUAUUAAUGGCUUUAGACCACAUUUUGACUCACUGGUUUAUGCAUGGGCUACUAAACCUCCAACAAAUAAUUAUUUUGUAAGUUUCGAAUGAGAAAAAAACAAUGUGAAAAGGCAAGACAUUUCUGGCAUCGUCCAACAGCAAGUAUUCGACGUUUGGGAAGAAAAUGUUAUUUUUUUAUGAUUCCUCAAAUUUUCUCCCGUUCAGUUGAUUAAAUUUAUUCGGAUAAUGCUAGAAAAUUUCCGUCUCUCUUUCAAAAUUUUCUUAUGUUCAUUCGACGCAUGCACAUUUCAUAAUUUUUUUAUUAUUAUUCGAAAUGUUCUCGCUUUCCUGGGUCCAGUAGUGCUUGUCUCCUGAAUCGCCAGAAGUGACGUUUUCAAAGGCAGAAGUUUUAAGGGUGCUGGUUGGAAAAUGAAUAUCUAUCAAGGUCAAAUGCCUGGAAUCUUAGGUGGCUCCGAAAGCAUCUGAAAAUCGUUCUUCAUUUUAAUAAUAG